UAGCUACCAGUACCGCUGUCAUGGCGUCGGAGGCGCUGGCCGAGGAGAACCCGCCGCGGUCUCUUUAGAGCGAGGGGCGGGCGGCUGGGUAUGGAGAGCGGCCCUGGGAGCCUGCAGCCGCUAGAACACGGGGUGGCCACCGGGCCAGUGCCAGGAACAGGUUCUCCGCAGGAAAGGCGACAGGAGACAAGGCUCGCCGCUGGGGAUGGUCCUGAAGUAUGGGCGGUAGAGAGCAGCGGCGGGAACGGUCAGGGGGCGGCGGCCCCCGGGAGGAGCCUCCUGGACUCGGUUUCCCCCGCCAGCUCUCAGGUUCCUGAACCAUGCAGCUCCCCCACGGGCUUGGACUUGCAGGAGAGCGAUUUGGAGAGUCCUGCUGCCCAGAAGGUGCCUCUGAGAGGGCAGCACAAGGUGACCGCCUCCCCGGAGACAGCCGAGGCUGGAGCGAGCCAUGGGUUGGGUCCGGCCGGAGACUCGGGCGCCCGCUCGGAUCCCGCCGGCACUUGCCGGCCAGAGUUGGCAGCCGCGGGCUCCCCGGAGCCCAGCAGCGCCGGCGGCCUCAGCAGCAGUUGCAGCGACCCGAGUCCUCCUGGGGAAUCGCCGAGCCUGGACUCUCUGGAGUCGUUCUCUAACCUGCAUUCUUUCCCCAGUAGCUCCGAGUUCAAUAGUGAAGAAGGAGCUGAGAGCAGGGUCCCCGAGGAGGAGGAGGGCGGCGCGGCGGUGUUGCCCGGGGUUGUGCCUCUGUGCAGGGGGGAGGAGGAAGAAGAGGAGGGGGAGGCAGCUCAGGUGCUGGCGGCCUCCAAGGAACGCUUCCCGGGACAAUCUGUCUAUCACAUCAAGUGGAUUCAGUGGAAAGAAGAGAACACACCCAUCAUUACCCAGAAUGAGAAUGGACCCUGCCCAUUACUGGCCAUCCUCAAUGUUUUGCUUCUGGCAUGGAAGGUGAAACUUCCACCGAUGAUGGAAAUCAUAACCGCUGAACAGCUGAUGGAAUAUUUAGGAGAUUACAUGCUUGAUGCAAAGCCAAAAGAAAUUUCAGAAAUUCAACGUUUAAACUAUGAACAGAAUAUGAGUGAUGCUAUGGCAAUCUUGCACAAACUACAGACAGGCUUGGAUGUAAAUGUAAAAUUCACUGGUGUUCGAGUAUUUGAAUAUACUCCAGAGUGCAUAGUAUUUGAUCUUCUUGAUAUUCCUUUGUACCAUGGGUGGUUAGUGGAUCCUCAGAUUGAUGACAUUGUAAAAGCUGUUGGUAACUGCAGCUACAACCAACUAGUGGAGAAGAUCAUCUCUUGUAAGCAGUCAGACAGUAGUGAGCUGGUUAGUGAAGGCUUUGUAGCUGAGCAGUUUCUAAAUAACACAGCCACCCAACUGACAUACCAUGGAUUAUGUGAACUAACGUCAACAGUUCAGGAAGGAGAACUUUGUGUGUUCUUUCGGAAUAAUCAUUUUAGCACCAUGACCAAAUACAAGGGUCUACUGUAUUUGCUGGUAACAGACCAGGGGUUUCUUACUGAAGAAAAAGUUGUUUGGGAAAGCCUACACAAUGUCGAUGGUGAUGGAAAUUUCUGUGACUCAGAAUUUCACCUGAGGCCUCCUUCAGAUCCUGAAACUGUAUAUAGAGGACAACAAGAUCAGAUAGAUCAGGACUAUCUUAUGGCAUUAUCUCUACAACAAGAACAGCAGAGCCAAGAGAUCAACUGGGAACAAAUACCUGAAGGAAUCAGCGAUUUGGAACUGGCAAAGAAACUCCAAGAAGAGGAGGAUAGACGGGCUUCUCAAUAUUAUCAGGAACAGGAACAAGUGGCAGCAGCUGCUGCUUCUGCUUCUACACAGGCUGAGCAAAGCCAGCCAGCACAAGCCUCUCCAUCAAGUGGAAGACAAUCUGGGAAUAGUGAACGUAAACGAAAGGAACCUCGAGAAAAAGAUAAAGAAAAAGAAAAGGAAAAAAAUAGCUGUGUCAUUUUGUAACCAAGUGUUGGAUUAUAUUGGAACCAUCUAUAUGUCUUGAAAAACAAAACCGCAGGAGGAAAGGAAGAAAAAACGAUAAAUACCGUCUGUGCCUGAUUUCCCAAUGGAUUUUGUUCAUGUUUUUCAGGGGAAAGGUUGUUACUUAGUUACAAUCAGACUUUUUCAAGUCACACAGUACACUCUUUAUGAGCUGGAGGUUCAUGUUACAAGUUGGAAAUGCUGUGUUGUCAUUCAUGAAAAAUACUGUACUUGUAGCCAAAUAAGCAAAUCACAGCAAAUUUUGUGUCACAGUGACAUUCAUAACUCAUAUCAGUUAGUAAGCUAUUUUAUCUUCUGUUCUAACAAUGAAUGGAGGUAAUUGAUUUUGUGUGAUUCCUUCCCGAAAUCUAAACAUUAGCACAAUAGUUUCUGAAAUUAAUUUUUACAAUGUUAAAUUAUGAUAUAAUCCACAAGAAACCAGGGGUUUAAUAUAGGGGUUUAAAAAGCAAAAAAUAAUUUAAAAAAUAACAGGAAUAAAUAACUCUUAAUUGUAUAUUGGACUAGUUCAGCCCUUGAACAGCUUUACCUUUCUUUAGGAAUGUACAUUUUAGAUAUUAUCUUGAGAAUUGAUAAUGGAGGUUAGAUUUAAUUUAGAUAGAAAAAAUAAAGAUUUGUAUUUCUUUUCCAAUAGCAAAAAAAUUACAUAACACUAAUAUUCAUAUCCUAUCAAAAUCAGAUAUUAUUGACUUUGUAGUAUGACAUUUUGAUGAAUUUUGAAAUCUUUAAUAUAGGCAACUUGGACCACAGUUACUAUUUAUUGACAGUGUAAUAAGUGAGAGUAAGAAGGAAUCCACAGUGGAUGCUAGGCUUUGUAAAUAUGGGGAUGUAGAAAAGCAAAUAGUUCAGUGUCUACCUUUUUCUAUAAUUACCUUGAACCUUAAAAUUUAAAUCAUGUUUAUUUGCUAGAAAAUUAAGUAUACUUAUUAAAACCAACAAAAAAGCACAUUUCUGAAAGUUAGACAUAGAUAAUCUCUGAGUCUCGUAAGAAAGCAUUAAUAAAAAUCUGUUGGAGGGAUUUAUGUAAAAGCAAUCAGAUUUUUUUAACUUAUGGGAACCAAAUAAACCUAUAACAUCUUGUAGUGUUUGUAGGAUUCAGAAAGAAUAUUUAUUGAACUUUAUUAUGAGACAACAUGUAUUUUCCUGUAUUUCUAGAUAUAGUUUGGAAAACUAUCCUUAAUAGUCCUUUUUAUAUGCUUUAUAUUUAAAUGUUUGUUUUAGUCAUUUUUGAAAUGACUGUUGCUGCUGCAAGUAGUUAUAUGAUUUACAUUCUAAACCUCAGUAAUACUAUUUGUUGGUUUAAGAGCGUAUUAUUCUAACCUGAGCAUCCACUUGGAGUUUUUUGUGGUCUGGGGUGACAAGAGACUACAAAAAAAUGUGGUCUAGAGUUCUUAAGCUAUGUCCUUAACAUUCUCCGUGAUCCAAGACCAGUUAUAGGAUUAGUCUAUAUGUAAAAAGUAAAGUUUUAUUUAUGGAAGGAAUUAUUCUAAGGGGAAAAUCCAGGGUCAAGCUGUAUCUUUUAUGUCCUUCUGUAUUGCAUGUCUGUUUAUAUUAUAUCAUGUGUUAGUCCUUCAAAUUUACUAUGCUAGCAUGAUAAAUCAUCAGAGAACCUGCUUGGGGUAUAAAACUUUAACACAAAAUAUUUGGUGAGUCUCUUGAUUACCCAGAAUAUGCAUAUAUUGGUAAAGUAAUCGUAUGUACCACACAAUUCUCUGUUGGCUCAAACAAGUUGACCUGAGUCCAAGUUUACUUGAUAUCACUCUGUUGGUUAAAGGAGAAAACUCAAACCUCAGGGUUUGUUUUUCCCAGAACAAAUAACAGUGACAGUGCAUAUUUUAAUAAGAAAAAAACAAAACAAGAAAUCCUGAGAAAUUUUAAACAGCAUAUUUGAGGCAUAUUUUUCCAUAAUUAUAUACUUAUCUAUUUAUUGCCCUUGAAAAUAUAUGUGUAGAAGUGAUUCUUCUGUUAAUUUGCUACUGUCUUCUGAUUUUGUUCCAAAGAUAACACUGCCAUUCUCCAUUACCCCUAGAAGAAAACAGCUCACUCAAAAGCAGCAGUGCUGCUAUCAGAUAAGUAGCUGUCAAUGUACACUUACAAGAAGUAACUAUAAAAUGUAAUGUGUUUGUUAAUUCAGCCUUUUUCUAUGUAAUAUUUCCAAGUCCGACUUUCUUACAUUCCUGGAAUUGUUUGAUAUACCAAGAGUAAUAAUGAUAAAAUGUUUGCUUUGAUUACUGUGGGGAAAAAAAUUAAAUGUUCAAUUCUAUUAAAACAAACAAAUACAGAAAUACUGGUUUCCCAUCCUUGAAGGUUAUAAA